CGUCACGUCAGUUGAUUGGACACUGCGGUUUGCGGCAAAAGAUCGCAGAGUAGUGGUUUUUACGGAUUUGCAAUUCUACUGCAGUUCGUAAUUCUUUCGUUUCCCCAGUUUCUAGUGUUCCGAUUGUGUAAUUACUACUCGCAGAGUGUGUAAAUUUAUGCAAAAUUUUCGAAAUAGCGCGAGGGAAAGUCUCUAAUAUGCGCUAGUGCUGUUUUUUAGACAAGUUUUUGUGUGCAAAUUUAUUCCCGGUUUGGUGCAAGUUGUGAGGAAAAUCACGUCGCAAUAAUAAGAUAUAACCGCCAUGGAGAGAAGAAUGCAUACCGGAUGUCUAACUUUUAAUUGAAAAGGAUGGGACACUUCCAUCGUGCUCCAUCUUUACAAGUUACUCCCUUGAAGGUGCGUGCGUGCCGUGUGCGCAUGCGUUGAUGGACGCAGCGAACGGGGCCGCGAGGGGCGGCCGGGCGGCGCGGGCGCUCCGUCUGUUACUCCUGUUGGUUCUAGCGCUUGCCGCUGUGGAGUACCUUUUUGGUUCUAUAUUGGAGGCGUCUCCACUCCGGACGUAUCUGUAUACGCCGCUGUACAACGCUACGCAACCUACUAUCAGAUCCGUCGACCUAAGGCCUUGGCCUAAAGCUCUUCAAGCCGAAACUACUCAGAACACUAAAAACUCAACCCAAAACAGCACAAAUCAGUCAACUGGACGCAAACUCGACGUAAUCGGACGAAAACUAGAGAACGCAACUGUAAAGAAACCUGAAAACACGACCAAACGGAAAUCCGACAACGCAACCGUCAAUAUACAGCCAAACAUGACCCGGACAGAUAUAGAAGACAGCACUACGCUGCUGAUAUCGAAGAUUAUGGAUAGUAUAAAGAAUUCUGCGACUACUGAAGGAGAGUUAAGGAGGAAUGAGACGGAGCUACCGUUGUGCGACAGCAUGCCGCCGGAUUUAGGUCCAAUACCAGUGAACAAAACGGACAUGGAGCUAGACAUGGUGGAGAAAAAAUUCCCCUUCGUGCACUGGGGCGGGCGGUACUCCCCGCCCAACUGCACCGCCCGGCACAAAGUUGCCAUUAUAGUGCCAUAUAGAGAUCGCCAGCAGCAUUUGGCGAUUUUCCUGAAUCAUAUGCACCCGUUUCUAAUGAAACAACAAAUAGAAUAUGGAAUAUUUAUCGUCGAACAAGAAGGUACACACGAGUUCAACAGAGCCAAGCUCAUGAACGUAGGCUUCGUGGAAAGCCAGAAGCAGAAGGCCGGCGGCUGGCAGUGCUUCGUAUUCCAUGACAUAGAUCUCCUGCCGCUUGACCAGCGCAACAUUUACUCUUGCCCGAGGCAGCCGAGGCAUAUGUCGGCGUCCAUAGAUAAAUUAAAUUUCAAAUUGCCAUACGAAGACAUUUUUGGCGGAGUAUCGGCCCUCACACUCGAGCAGUUCCAGAAAGUCAACGGCUUCUCCAACCGCUACUGGGGCUGGGGCGGCGAGGACGAUGACAUGGCCUAUAGGUUGAAGAAGAUGAACUACCAUGUCGCAAGAUAUAAAAUGUCCGUAGCUCGGUACGCCAUGCUGAACCACAAGAAAUCCAAUCCAAAUCCAAAAAGGUAUCAGCUUCUCUCACAAACGAGCAAAACCUUCAAGAAAGACGGUCUAUCGACCCUAGAGUACGUGCUAGUGGAGGUAGUGCACCACCACCUCUACACCCACAUAGUGGCCAACAUAGACGAACACAGCUGAUGGACAUACUUCGCCAAACUCCUGUUUGGCGACGAAAGGUAACAAGUGACUCGCUUGUGAUAUUACAGUUACUCAGUUACCAUGUUACUAAGUGAAUAUUACUGCAAUUGUAAUUUGAUGUCAUUUGCUCUGCAGUUACAGAACAGUGUUCAAUGAAAGUCACAAAUUAAGUGUUGUGCCAGGAAUAAUUUUAUGAUUGCGUUUGAUGUAUAUUGUUAAGUGUAAAGUGUAAUUCUAUGUUUUUAUUUCGUUUUAAAUCACCGACAUUUUUUAAUAUUUGUCAAUUUUGAACACUUUAUUGUCAUAGAAUCUAUGGGAGUCUGUGUAAUAAUAUUUUUAGCUUUAUUUUUCUGCUGUUGCUGUGGUAAAAUGAUGUUAAUGAAAGGCGUAGAAACAAUUUUGUGUUCAUAUCGGAGAUUUUAAGAUAAAAACAAAACAAUGGCACAGAGAACAAUAUCUGUUAAUACCUACUGUACACAGAUGUAGUGCAUAAUUGUUUUCCAUCGUACUUUCUCGGAAACAUUCGUAUUUGUCAUGCUACUUCAGUCAACCGCAACUUCAGUACUUUUUGUACCGAGACUGACUGAAAUAGCAAGACACGUUCGUACGUUUCCGUGAAAACACGAUGGAAAAUAAUUAUGCACUACAACUGUACCAGUUUUAUUGCUGUAAUGUGUAUAUCGACACUGGCCAAAUGAAAACACAACAUUACCUGAUAUAAUAUAUGGGUAAACUGCAGAAUAGAUACAUUAGGUUAGUUAUCGCUUCAGUUUCGUCAAAAUUUUAUCAAUUUCGUAAGGCUAUUGUUUGGAAACAGAGGGCCUACCUCGAGACACGCAAAUCGAAAUUCUCUAUCGUUCGAAUAAUAUAUGAUAGACGCAGAUAGAACGAAAUUUCGAGUUUAUCAGGCUCUCUAUUACCAUUUCUCAGUUUCGUAGAAGCUAACUAAGUCUAUUCUGCGCUUCGCCUAAUUAGCACCACUUCAAAUUAACCUAUUUGUAAUAUAUAGGUAUAGAUAACAAUGUACAGACUUGUUAGGUCCAUUUCAAGUACAGAUAAUGACAAUAUACAAAUACUAGUCUCAGUAUUUGUUGUAUAAAAUAUUAUAAAAUCGCUCAGAGCGUCCAAUUGUUAACUUUUGCAUAAACUAUGUAAAGUUUAGGGUAAAAUAUUUGGCCCCUUAAUCUCGAAAGCCAAACCUCGAAUCUAAGUUUAAAAAAAAUGAUUGUAUUCCUGUACAUAACCUUUGUAGGUUAGGAUGUAAACCUUCAAAAAGUUUGUCAAAGGAAGAUGGGUACCACAUAGAGAUCAUAUUGUCAUGAUAUUAAUUUUUGGCCGAAAUCGAUAUCAGGGAAUAUUAUAAUGGAGUUCAUUCGAUUUUGUUCAUCGCACUUAAACUAUCGUGAGACAUAUUUCAAAGUCACGCACAGCAACACACACCACAGCAGCACAGCAGUGCACGACGUACAACCGCCGCGGACACUCGUAUAUAUAGGUAAUAGUGAGUAAACGACAUGUGAUCGACAGCCCGCCUGCUUCAGGCCGGGCGUCCCUACACUACAUCUACAUCUACAAUAGUGAGUAAAAACCGUACUGGUAAAUACUUUGAUUUUGUUCAUCAUUGUCCAUUGUUCGCAGUCCGUUUUAAACAGUGGUGCAAUGCGUGGACCGCACAUAAAAACAAGUAGGUAGUGACUUUGACUUGGUUAAUUGAUUAAUUAAUACCUUUGGAAAUACCUUAGAUACUGUCUAUCUUUAGAUAGGUACAUAUGCCAGCAAUACAGCCAUAUGUGGUUCCCAUCCUACUUUGGCGUGAUCGAAUAGAGACGUUCACUCAAUUACGCUAAACCAAUAUUACUACAGAUACUCGAAUUAUAUUAAAUACCCCUAUUAGCUUAUUUAUAAUACAUUAUCUUGUGUUGUUCGGCUCUAAAAUUGUGAUAGAAGCGGAGCGUCAACUCGCAUGUACAUAAGAGAUAUUUUAUUUUAUUCUUUAAUGUUAAGGUUAUAAAGUCCAUGUGAUAAUGAAAAUUUGUUCCGAAAAAUCUGCGUUGAAAUUUAAGUAUUUCCAGGAAUCUCGUGAAGUAACGUAGUCUUUUUAGUUUUAUUUAACUUAUAAAAAGCGACUUUUCUGCGUACAAAAUAAAGUGCGUACAAAACUUAUCAAUGCAAACUUUAGAAAGUAAAAGUACAGUUAGAAAUAUUUACUAGUUUCUACGUUCAGUGUCUGUCCGCAGGCCUAAGUAUUAAGCCGAAAGUUGUGUUGGCAGACGAUUACUUAAGCAGACAUAUAUUUUGUUUUAUAUGUAUUUAAGUGUUUUACUAGUUUCAUAAAUAUUUUAUUUUUUAAAUGUUCGUUCGUUUAUAGUCGAAUAUUGUUUUAUUAGCGUCCAAAUCUAUUUUUGGUAAGUUAACUUUUAGCAGUAAAGUAAUUUAGUCAGGAAAUUAUGUACUGAAUAAAGUCAAUAUGAUAAUGUAUAAAUGUAGAACUUUUUAUAUUUUUACGAAAUCGGAAAAAUCUGUGAGAUACAAAAGUUGGAUAUUUCAAUAGAACUUAGCGAACCACAAACAACAAUGACCUGACCCGCCAGCAAUUUCCACACCAAUUUAAACUUUAAAAAACAUAUGUUUAUUGUAUAUUUAUCAGUUAUCACGACGUAAAACAAUGUGGCUUAAUGUUAUUUGCUUCAGGCCCACUUGCACCAUUCCACUUGCCCUAAUGGAUGAUGUGCGCUUCUAUGUUCCAUUGUGUUCAUCAUAAUGUUUUUAUGAUUAUUGUUAGUUGUAAUGCUUUUGCCUUAGCUCCUGGGACCCUAGUCUUGUUAAAAUCCAAAUGUAAUUUUGUUUACAAUGCAUGUGCUCGAAAAGUGUGUUUCCUACGGAGCCAUAUCAUGCGGAAAGUACUACUUUUCCGCACUAGUGCUUUUUGUUUUCAAUUU